AUGUUUGGCUCCGAGGAAAUGUCCAGUGUUGUUGUUGUUUCCAGGUUAACAACACAUAAAUGCAAGACAGUGGGAAGAAGCGGAGGUGUGAAGUGCGACGAGGGAAGCAUAGAAACCAUCUUUGAUAUUGAUGAGCUGCGUGUGCUUCCCUUUCUCAACAAUGGUGCCGUUCUUAACGACGGCUAUGAGGUGGGCCCCCUUGAUUGUGGAGAGGCGGUGGGCCACGACUACAGUGGUGCGGUGCACCAUGAUGUUGUCCAGCGCGUCCUGCACUAUCCUCUCGGACUCGGCGUCCAGAGCGCUGGUGGCCUCGUCCAGAAGCAGUAUCUUGGGGGCCUUCACGAUGGCCCGCGCUAUGGCCACCCGCUGCUUCUGUCCCCCUGA